GGUAACUGGAACCGUAGCAAAAGGUACGUACCGUAUGUUCUGUACGAAUACAGUAGGUACGAUAGUAUUUCGUGCCGAGACAGACGGACGGUACCAAUCACGAAGUCGAAACGCUCCGUGAAUUUCCAUGACACUAUUGUUCCAUCUGUGACGACCCUGGUCUAGCAUUCCGGCCAUCCAUCACAACUCAAUGAGAUAUAGCAACAAUGGAGACCAGCAAAUGUAGAAUCACGAACAGAAAGAGAAAACGGACGUUAACACCUAGAGUAGCUUGGCCAAUCUGCCUAGCCAUUUUCCAUUGUUCCGAAAACUUUGUUCACUCCUUUCAGGCAGCCCUGUCAGCAUUUAACCAUGACAGACCUGUCGGGAGGCACACAAUUCGCAACGGCGAGCUCUCUUUAUUUGCUACGACCAAAAAACACAACACCACUGAUAUCGAAACCGACUCCACAAAGUUGGGCGGAUCAUGGACAGAAGAAAGUAUGCUGGAUGUGUUGCAGAACGGUGGUAAAUCUACUCUCCCCGAACCAGACUACUGCUGCGUGGACUGUGAUGAUAUUUCAGGACCCUUUGUCAGUCGCGAAGAUUCGGAUUCUACAUUCCUCCAAUAUACGGACGAUGGACUCAUUCUACCUGCAGGUCCCAUUGGACAAUUGAAGGAAUCCAUUGCCAAUUUUCUGAAAGAGCCAUCUGUCGAGAUUCUGAUUUCAUUAGUUGUUUUGCUGAAUUCGCUUCUAGUGGCUCUUUCAACCCUUGAUUCCCUGAAUGCCUUCCUUCCCAUGAUCCGCGUGGUAGAAAUAAUUAUCGGCACUAUCUUUUUUGCAGAUUUUGCCGCGAGAUGGUUUUCAUCGAGCCGUGAGGAGCUGGGCUUUAUUCUCGAUCCACAAUUUGUCAUUGAUAUUCUCGUGGCAAUCUUGCCGUUCGCGGUGGUCAUCACGCCCUCCUCGUUUUGGCAAGAAGUCGCGCUCUUGCCUUCUGCCCUUGCGGAACCCUCGGGAUUGUUCAAUUUGCAACUGUUGCGGGUCCUUCGGCUUCAGCGCUUUCUCCAAGACCUGGAUACAUUUGACAGAUUCAUGGAACAAGCAACCGGAAGAACUAGCGCCACUACGUACAUAGUGCAAGACUGGCAAUUGCAACUCGCACGGGUUGGAUUGUCCCUCUUCACUCUGAUUUCCGUAGCGACCGGUUUGAUAUAUACGGCAGAACAUACAGUAAACCCUAAUAUCAACAAUUACUUCGAUGCCCUGUAUUUCGGAUUGACAACAUUGACUACUGUUGGGUUUGGAGAUGUCACACCGGUCACUUCACAAGGGAGAUUGAUUGUUUGUGGGAGUAUCCUUUCGGGAGUAGCAGUUGUUCCAGCACAAGCCGCUGCACUUCUCGAAGCUCUGCUGGAUCGAGAGGACAUUCGGAACGGGCGUACGAAGUCGAUGAGAAAUAAAAUUACGAAAAGCCGUGAAUCCACGGUCAACGCUCGCAGUGGCAACGAAAACGAUUUAACUCUGAACACUACCUUUACCUGCCGCCAAUGCGGUGCAUCUUUCCAUUGGUCUUCGGCACAAUAUUGUUAUCGCUGCGGAAGUGAAGUGCAAUUUUGAAAGCGUAACGCUGGGAAAGCCGAAAUACUUUUCGGCAAGUGGAGCUUAUUUGAAUCUAGAAUAGGGAACAUUGUGACGAGACCAAACCAUGACAUAACUAAGUUGGACGAGGAGACUGAUAGUUUUCGGUCUACAACAAUUCAAUGGGCGAUCGUAGGAUAUUUAAUUUUCAAUCUGAAUUCAACAAAUCUUGUAAAUUUAA